UACUUUACUUAAAAAUAAAUAGCACCAGAUAGAAACGAAACAUUUAAAAACCAUUGGUAGUGCAUCAGAUAAUAGAUGAUGGGAAUAAUCAGGAAGCUUGCCGCUAAUAUAACGUUAACUCCUCAGAGUUCAAUUAGAAACCAUCAUAAGAUAACAAUGUCACGACGACUUAAUGCACGCAGAACUGAAGGUGUCGAUAAAAACGUUUGGGUGGAAUUCACACAACUGGCAGCAGACUACAAAGUGGUGAACCUUGGACAAGGAUUUCCUGACUUCUCCCCUCCCAAGUUUGUCCAGGAGGCUUUUUGUAAAGCUGUGAGUGGAGGACCCCAAAUGCACCAGUAUACCCGAGCUUUUGGCCAUCCUCCUCUUGUAAAAAGUCUGGCUAAAUUCUUCAGUAGGAUUGUGGGACAUGAGAUUGAUCCUUUUGAAGACGUCCUGGUCACAGUUGGAGCUUAUCAGGCUCUCUUCUGUGCAUUUCAAGCUCUGAUUGAUGAAGGGGAUGAGGUCAUAAUUGUUGAACCAUUCUUUGACUGCUACCAGCCAAUGGUGAAGAUGGUUGGAGGGAAGGCAGUUUAUGUGCCUCUGAGGCCAAAAGUUGAGGGCAGUGCUGUCCUGUCAAGUGGAGAUUGGGUUCUUUCUGCUGAGGAGCUGGCCAGUAAAUUUACUCCACGCACAAAAGCCAUUGUUAUCAACACUCCCAACAACCCACUGGGCAAGGUUUACAAGACUGAAGAGCUCCAAAUGAUUGCUGAUCUGUGUAUCAAACAUGACGUGCUGUGCAUCAGUGAUGAGGUGUACGAGUGGCUGACUUAUGAUGGAAACAAGCAUGUAAAGAUAGCCAGCCUUCCUGGUAUGUGGGAACGAACCAUCACCAUUGGCAGUGGUGGAAAGACCUUCAGUGCUACUGGCUGGAAGGUUGGCUGGGUCAUCAGCUCUGGGCAUAUCAUCAAACACAUGAAAACCAUCCAUCAGAACUGUGUUUACCACUGCCCUACAGCUGCUCAGGAGGCAGUAGCUUGUGGAUUUGAGAGAGAAUACCAGCUGUUUGGGACUCCAGAGAGCUACUUCCAGCAGCUGCCUGCGAUGUUGCAGCAGAAGAGGAGGAAGCUGGCCUUGUGUCUGGAGAGUGUGGGUUUGCAGCCCAUCAUGCCAGAAGGAGGAUAUUUUAUGAUCGCAGACAUCUCCUCUGUCAAGGUGGACUUAAAUGACCAGAGCACUCAGGAUGAACCCAAUGACUUCAGAUUUGUUAAGUGGCUAAUUAAAGAGAAGGGUUUAGCAACAAUCCCUGUCUCUGCCUUCUACAGUCCAGAGCACAGCAAGGAGUUUGACAAAUACAUCCGAUUCUGUUUCGUCAAGGAGGACUCCACCCUGGAUGCAGCAGAGGACAUUUUGAUUAAGUGGAGUCGGGGACAGUAACAUCACCCAUGACGAGAAGCAUUAGUCUGCAUUAACACCAAAUCGGGCGGUGGAGACUGCAGGGGAUGCAACAAAAAAUGGGCCAAAAAGUAGAAACAGAAUAAACUUUUGGAGAAACGCAACUCAACGACAUGCUGAGGUGGUCAGUCACAUAACCGUCGAAGCAGCAAUCGGACAAAAACAUGCAGUGUAACAUGCUGUAAAAUGCUAGCACUGUGUGAAACAAUGAUGACACAAAUGCCGCCGCACAACCCUGCACUAAUUCCCGCAAGACCUGAUUUGGUGUGAAAGCAGCCUUACCCGUCCAUUCAGACUUCAUCAGGCUGCUUAACCCGGCUUGGGUUGCCUCCUCAGUUAAAAUGAGCCAUAGUCAGUGUUUCUGUGUGUGUUUCUGUCACAGUAGGAUACUUUAAGACAACGUCCACUUUCAUUUUGUCCAUAUACUGCAGUUGUGAAAACACUGAAUGUUUCUGUGCAAUUUUGUUUUAAGCAGAAUACUCAG